AUGGGAACUAGCAGAAGGUGGAAUGAAGUUUGGAGAGUUAGAGUGCCUCAACGAAUCAGACUUUUUCUUUGGCUCACAUUGCAGGAUCGAUUAAUGACAAAUGCCAACCGUUUCAUCCGAGGUUUUACUACAAAUCCAAGAUGCUUUGUCUGUGGAGAGGUGGAGGAAAAUAAUGAUCACAUACUACGGCAAUGUCCAGUGGCGAGAGUAGUGUGGUGGAAAUUCCCGGGAAUGAAUUCAGAUGAGUUACUGUUUAUGCCAAAAUUCAUUUUUGUAAGUGAGAUGGGUAGAUCUAAGUCGGUUGUAGCGAGAGGAAAGGGGGAGUCGGGUUCCACUCGGGUUAAGUCCCUUAACCCGAUAUAUUCUACUGUGGUGGAUCCGGCGCCUUUUGUUGAACUUGCUGGUUUGCCGCCGUCGGCGGAAGUGAAGAUUCCCGGCUCGGAUGAGGAAGCCUUUGACUGUCCAGAGGGGUAUGUGGUUAUGUAUGAGUAUCCGUUCACAAUUGGCUUCAAAUUUCCUUUCACUCCUCUAGUUAGGUCCUUUAUCGAGGUUUUCCAUUUGAGUCCGGAUCAGUUGAUGCCCCAGAUAUGGCGGGUUUUCACGGUGGUGCAUGGAGUUACUGCGAACUGGCGUACGCCGUUUGACCUGUCUGAUUUGAUGUACUCUUACGACCUAGCACUGCAGAAGUGUUGUAGGUAUACCUUGGUUACGAAGAAGGGGAAGACGAACUUAGGUGUUGGUUUAGGUGUGAACGACAGGGGUUGGCAGAGUCGUUUUGUCUUUGUAGGCAAAGAUUCUCUGGGAGAUAAAGGGCGGUUUCUGGUCGAGGGAUGGACGAUGGAAGGUAAAUGUGUCGUUUUAUCUUUGUUUCUCGUCGUUUUACUGAACGUCGCCUUACUUGGUUUUGUUUUGCAGUCUUUCAGUCGCGACGGAGAGUUUUUAGACGAGCAGGAGGUGGACCGGUCAGGCGACGUCGCCGAGGAGGAGGAGAUAGACGAGGGAUCAGGUCAACUGACUCGUCGUCGGAAAAGGUUGGAUUUGCUUGAGGAGGUAGUGGCAAACUCGUCGUCCGCCGAAGGUGAAGUAGGUGAUAUGGCUGACAACUCAGAGCAUACUCUUUCGUCUCGGCCUGUGUCGAGGAUGUCUCAGAGCGAGAUUCAGGAGCGUGCAAGGAAGCGACUGAGGUCGUCCUCGACUUCUGGUGGACGAGGUAUGACGGUUGUACCUCGGUUUUCUGCGAUAGGUUCAUCGGCCGAGACGCCUGUCGUCAUAGGAGCCGAAGGCUUUCAUCCGAUUGCUUCGUCGUCGCCUCCACAGCCGUUCAAGGCGUCGUCUGCUGCUGUCGACGUUAGUAAAGUGUCUACUUCGUCGGCCAAGAAGCGACCUGUCGAGACGGAUCCUGUCGAGGAUACGGUUAUCACUUUGCCCCCAAGCUUCUUGGGUGAUGAAGAGGCGUCGGUUAUAUGGCCUUUCGCUGAUCGCUUGAUCUUGCCUACGACGUAUCGACGAUACCACGAGGUGGAUGACUAUCUGGCUAAUGGCGGUACCAUGGCUGACCUGUCGGUGCCCGUGGUGGAUUCGGAGGAGUUGGCGAAGACGGCUGACACUGCUAGUACUGAGGCGACGGAGGUGGAUGCGGCUUUGUUGGUGGUGAGUGCGCCUGUUCCGGACCAAGAGGGGGAGGUUUUAGCUGUUGGGUGCGAAGAGGAGGCCCUUGCCGUCGUUUCUCAAGACGAGACGGUGGACGUGGCGUCGGUGGAGGUGCCAGUCGUGCCCCCAGAGCAAGAGCCGGAGCAGGAAGUCGUGGUCUCUACCCAGGAAGAAGGGAUGUAAUAGUUUGUAGUUUUCGAAUUUUCUGUUGGUUUUUGUGUU